AUGUCUUCAUCAUCGUCGUCAACUUUACUUCCUUCGAACACAGAAGAAGAUCUGGCAUCAGAAAGUGUUCAAUCAUCUGCUUCCGAGAGACACCAGGAAGUGGAAGAUGUCGCAAGUAGUACAAAUGUAAAUGUUCAAUCGAAUAGCAGUGUUAUCAAUGACUCUUCUAAUGACAAUCUAUUACCGGCGAACACUUUUAGCCCUAUUGAACAACCAAGUGAUAAUGAUUAUCAGGUGUCUAUAUCUGUUGAUGACGAAACAAACGCUCUUCUCAACCAAGGGCAUUCGACUGUGAAUAAAAUCCUUGAACUGAAAGCAGAUGAAACUCUAUCACGCUCGAAUCCAAUUGAUCAAGCUGUUCUUCCUACUAUUAUCAACAAUAUCUCAGACAACAGUGCAACAACGGAUAAUGGUGGUACUGAACCACAUAAUACACUAACAACACAAUCUCAAACAAGUGCCAUAACUGAAGAAAAUAGUCAAAAGCAAUUCCCAAACCAAAAGCACAUUAUGAUAAGCUAUAAUCAAGCCACAGCAUCAGAUGUUUGCUUGAAAAUCUAUAAUGAUCUAAAGGCAAAACAUUAUAAUGUAUGGUUCGAUAAAGUAAAUCUACAUGGUAGCAUACUUGAUGGAAUGGGUGAAGCAGUUGAUAAUUCUUAUAUUCUUCUUUUGUGUUUGAAUAAUGGAUACUCAAAUAGUGACUAUUGUAUAAAGGAAGCUAAAUACGCAACUGAAAAAAGAAUUUCCGUAAUUCCAUGUAUUAUGGAAGAGGGAUUUCGUCCCCUCGGUGGUCUCGGUAUCAUUAAAGGCGAUCUAAAACACAUUGAAUUUUUCAACGAAGAUAAAUUUGAUGAAUCAUUGGAGCAAUUGAUCAAUGAAAUCAAUUGUAUUGAAAGAAAAUUAGGCAUGAGAUCAGAAGCUAAUUUAUCUACACAAGCAAAUAUCAAUGGAAUGAGUCCGCUAACAACAAUUAGUUCAUCACCUUUCAAUGAUAUGAACUUCUAUGAUCGUUUUAAUACCAUCAUUUCUGAGCAUAUUCUAUCGAUUCAAACAAGUCAUCUUCGUCGGGAUAAACUCAAUGAAAACGAUUUUAGAAAAAUUCUAUAUAAACUUAUUCAAGAAUUUUCUCCUGAAACUUUGCAAUCGUUUCAAAACAAUCAGUCUAGUGUUAUUGAUGACGAGCAACAACAAGAAAAUGACAAUGAUCAUCUCAUACAACACCUUCUCCAAUGUAACGAACGAUUAGCAGAAAAUAUUCGGAUUCAACAAGAAAAUUAUAUUAAUACUCAACAAUACCUUCUCGAUCAAAACGAACGAUUAGCAGCAUUUAUCCGUUUUCAACAAAGGCAAGACCAAAAUAAUGCUCAUCUUUUACAACGUCAUUUCAAUCAAAAUGACGAAUUGAUAUCAAUUGUUCGCACUCAACAAGAACAACAACAAUUUUCUAACCAAAACAAACAAUUAGCACAAAUUACUCGUAAACAACAAGAGCAAGAGCGAAAUUAUCAUAUUUCAGAGCAACUUUUACAACGUGUUGACCAAUUAACACAACUUCUUGUCAAUCAGCAGCAGCAACAUUCCAGGGAUAUUGAGGCUUUGCACCAACUGAUUAAUCGAUCAUUUGAGAGAAAUGAAUCAUUACAAACAACUAUUGAUCAGCGUUUAACACCGCAAGAUAGACAAGAACAUAAAGAAGGUCGCUUCUAUCUCAAUUUCGAUACAUUAAGCAAAUUGGUUCAGACUAUCAUACUCUUAUGGACCUUGAUUAUACUUUUAAGAAAUACAUAA